UUCAUCCUGCCGGGAGUACUAUACACACCGGUGAAGGGAGUGACGUAGCAGUGAUCGUUUGGCAGUGAAAGAUUUUGCAGGGAUAUAUACAGUUUCCUGAUCAAAAGUGGAUUGUGACACUAUUACAAACGACAAUUAAGAGAGAAGCAUGGCUAACAUUGCAGAUAUCGAAGAAAUAGUACAGACAUGGGCUUGGACAGCUUUUCAAAAGACCAGAUCAAAAGACGUCAGUAAAUUAAAACUCGAAGAUGUGAAACUUGACGUAAAUUGGUCACGAGUGCGAUUCUUCAGAAGCGAGCCCGAAUUUUCGGACGGACAAAUGGUAGAACUACCCAAUUCACAGAUUGUUUUCACUUCAACGUUUAUCAAUAACACCGAGCAGGACCAAGAGCAUUCCUUCAAGACAGAACGUACCACGACUUCUGUUAGCACGGUAACAGUUUCAAAAGGCUACAGUAAGGGGUUUAACCUCGAGCUCAAACUGGCACUUCCGGAGGAAGUGGCUGCAGUGACGGCGGGAUUUGGGCGGGAAGUAAAUAUGGAUAACACUGAGGAGAGUGCCCACGAGGAAUCGAUCACGUGGGCUGUCGAUAGCACCGUCAAAGUGCCAAGAAAAACCACGACAACGGCAGAAAUGGUCGUGAAAGAAAAACAAUUCAAUUCUAACUAUAGAAUGCCGGUGAAAAUUCGAGGAACUGUGAUAGUUGCUGUACUGAAUUUAAAGGAUAAUAAUUCUUUUGUACAGUCUGUAGAGGGAGAUUUCUCGGUUAUCAUGGGGGACGAACUUAAACGGGCAAGAAGUGGGUACCAAGUCGAAAACAAAACCGUCACCUUCCUUGUGGAGGGUUCUUGUAAGUUCAGGUUUGGCGUGGAACAAAGAGUACAACUCAAAGAAAAGCCAACUGAAGACUGAAUGUGUUACUUUAAGGACCUUUUAUACAACAUGUGACGUUAUUUGGCCUCAAGCUGUUUAUGUGGGGUUUUCACUCUUCUCGGAGAAAGGGUGCUGUCUAUGCAGCCUCGUUGGAUAAAUAUAUCUUGUCACUAUAGGUGGCGCAUUGUGAUUGACAAUUUCGAGGCGCCGACUGGUGAGUAUAAGGACUAUGAAUCCUACCACGGUAGACUGCUCAAUAACUUUAUUUUUUUGGCACACAAAAGUUUAAUAGAAUAUGUCCAUUCCAAUUCGAAAAAUAAGUAUCAUGAUUCAAGACAGCUCCAACUACUUCACCAGAAUGUAGGGCAGAUCAUUUCGAGUAUGCUAACAUAUAUAAAAGGUUGCUUGUGGAAAUUGUGUAUAACGUUUUAAUGGACGCUUAUUUGCUUGUGAUUUGUUUAAAGACUAUUAAUCUUUGGUACUCGGGUUGCUAGCGCAACAUUCAAUGAAUGGAUUCUGGAGUAAAGUUGGCAAGAUGAUUUGCUAUGUAUUUGUUCAGUCUGACCAGAGACGUAUAAAACUAGAAGUAUAAUUAUCUCUGGUUUUACAAAUAUGUUGAACCAUUGUCAAAAUAUUACAUUCGCAAAUCUCAUUGAAAUUUUCAUGUGUUAUGAAUAUGCUUGUAAGCCUAUAUAUACUAGAAAAGUGUAGUUAUGAGCAAAUUGUUUUAGCAUAUUGAUAUUUUAUAUUUAGCUUUACAUAAUAUAGCAUUUAACAUAUUAAUUUUAUAAUAAAAUAAUGAAUACAUUUCCUUCUUCUAUGGU